AUGGGCACGCCUCCCGCCAACCCUCGCAAAAAGGUCACCAUCCAAACUCUCCGGUCUCUGCAUCGGCGGCAAGAACCCAUCGCUGUCAUGACGGCCUACGAUUUCCCAUCAGCUCUGGUGGCUGACGAGGCGGGCAUGGAUAUGAUCUUGGUUGGCGACUCCCUCGCCAUGGUUGCGUUGGGCAUGGAGGAUACCUCAGAGGUCUUGUUGGAAGAGAUGCUCAUGCACUGCCGAAGUGUCGCGCGGGCGACCAAGGCUGCCUUCACGGUUGGCGACCUGCCCAUGGGAUCGUAUGAAAUUUCCCCUGAGCAAGCCCUCUCCACGGCCAUCCGCUUCGUCAAAGAGGGCAGGGUGCAGAGUGUCAAGCUGGAAGGCGGAAAGGAAAUGGCGCCCACCAUCCAGAAGAUCACGACGGCCGGCAUCCCGGUGCUGGGCCACGUUGGCCUCACGCCGCAAAGGCAGAACGCUCUGGGCGGCUUUCGGGUGCAAGGCAAGACCAGAGACGGUGCGCUCAGGAUCCUGGAGGAUGCCUUGGCCGUGCAGCAGGCCGGCUGCUACGCCAUGGUUCUUGAGGCCGUACCCGAAGACGUGGCAGCCCUCAUCACAAGCAAGCUCAGCAUCCCCACCAUCGGCAUUGGCGCCGGCAAGGGAUGCUCCGGUCAAGUGCUGGUUCAAACCGAUAUGCUGGGCAACUUUCCGCCCGGUCGCUUCCUUCCCAAGUUUGUGAAGCAGUACGGCAAUGUCUGGGGCGAGGCGCACCGGGCGCUAGAAGCGUAUAGAACAGAGGUGAAGAGCGGAGCGUAUCCGUCGCCGGAACACACGUAUCCUGCGCCCAAGGAGGAGGUGGAGGCAUUUGCGAAAGCGAUCAAAGAUUUGUGA